UUGACUGUAUUAACUAACGUUACCGCAGCAAAGCCAUUUGAAACAUGUAUUCAGCCUUUACUGGAGGGAUAUCAUCUUUAUUAACCCUAAAAUACAGUUUAAAGUAAAUGUCAAAUGAGUGAAGUGGCAGGGAGUUACGUUAUUUUGGUCACCAUCAAGUUUGUUUUCUGUUGUUUGAUGCACCUGAUGGACUCAUACUUUCUACAAGCUUUAGCUCAGGAGGGUGUUAACCUGAUGUCAAGAUGACCCUUUCAGACAUGACAAGGACCUCUCAGCCAAGAGGGAGGAAUGGCUUGUCCUCAGUUAAACUCAUGGAGGCCAGGUGGAGAGCAGGACACAGAGGCGAGGAGCUUGGCCGGCCACCGAAAGGGAGACAGAGAGGAGGGACAGACAGACAGAGAGAAGAAGGAGGAGGAAGAGGAGGAGGAGGAGGAGGAAGAGGAGUGGACCUGAAUCUGGAGUCCGGUGAAGCGGCAUCCAGUUUUAGCUUCUGCAGGCCAGCUGUGGAGUACAGAGCUCUGCCCGAGGACUUCAAGCACCAGCUGAGUCGACGGACAGGUGGGAACCUAACCUGGCAUGACGGCCGUGGACAGAAAACCGCGGGAGGCAGAACGGUGAAGCUGCUGCAGCAGCCGGGCACCGAGGCCCUGCAGUACCGAUCCAGUGACAAUUAUGGCAUAUACCACACGAGCCCAACACAGCCCAGCCUGAUCCGCCCCGUCGUUCUCUGGUCACAACAAGAUGUUUGCAAAUGGCUGAAGAAACACUGUCCGCACAACUACUUAACCUACGUGGAGGCGUUUUCCCAACACGCUAUCACAGGCCGGGCGUUGUUGCGUCUGAACGGGGAGAAGCUGGAGAGGAUGGGACUCGUACAGGAGACACUUCGACAGGAGCUGCUGCAGCAGGUGCUGCAGCUCCAGGUGCAGGAGGAGGGACGCAACCUGCAGCUGCUCAGCAGAGGUUCCUUUGGGAAUAUAUCGUAGCCAGUUGUUUUUUUUUUUUUGUUUUGGAAGAAGCUGGGUGCUGUUGAAUGAUGGGAUAUGUCCUCAAACACUCUCACGUGAAUCAGAUCUGUGGAAUAUAAAAAACGUCCAGCGAGCGGCGGCGUGCAGAACUUUUGUCGUCAAGUGGAAGCCGGCAGCUUGAACAGCAGACAUAAUCUUUACGGACUGACUAUGAACUGUGAUGAAGACGCUCCGUGACAAUCUGUCCAUUUAUUGCUUUUAAUGUGUGAUGAAUUAUUAACUGUGUCUCUCUAACUGUCUCUACCUCUCUCUCUCUCUCUCUCUCUCUGUCUCUCUCUGUCUCUGUCAGUUUUUUUUUUUAAAUGUUAUAAUAAACAAAAACAAAUAAAUAAAAAAUAUCAAACCGUCA